GCUCCGCCCUCUCUCCCGGGGCGGGGCGGCGCCUGCGCGGGAGGGGGCGCCGGGCGGUGAAGUUGCUCAAAGCGCCGGUGAUAAAAAAAAUAAUAAUAUGAACAGAAAAACUUCUGCAUAUGUGAGCAAUAAAGCAGAAAUACAAGUUUAUUCCUGCCAGAAUAUGUGCUGCUAAAAGUGUAUGUAUAGAUACUGUCAUUUCAAUUUUCAGAAGAAAAUGCUGUCUUUUUAACUGCAGAAGAACGAGGCUUUGUCUUCCUGUAAUUCUGAACUGAAAGUUGUCAUCAACAAGAAAACUAAAACCUUUUAAAGAUAGGCGUUAGUAGUAGAAUGCUGAAACAAUCUUCUGGAUUAGCUUCAUUGGCUUUCCUGCUUCUUUUGCAUCCCAAAGCAUAAGCUUAAAUCGUCUCAGAAGGACAAGGUCCGCCAAUUUAUGGCAUUUACCCAGGCUGGUGAAAGGACUGCUAUAUACUGCUUAAUGCAGAAUGAGUGGAAACUAGAAGUGGCAACAGACAACUACUUCCAGAACCCAGACUUGUACUACAAAGAAUCCAUGAAAAAUUCAGUAGACAGGAAGAAAUUAGAACAGUUGUAUAAUCGAUACAAAGACCCACAAGAUGAAAAUAAAAUUGGCAUUGAUGGAAUUCAACAGUUCUGUGAUGAUUUAAGCCUGGACCCAGCCAGUAUCAGUGUUCUGGUUGUAGCAUGGAAGUUCAGGGCAGCUACUCAAUGUGAAUUCAGUAAAAAGGAAUUUGUUGAUGGCAUGACAGAGUUGGGGUGUGACACAACGGAAAAACUAAAAGCUCUAUUGCCGAGACUGGAACAAGAGCUAAAGGAUCCAACAAAGUUCAAAGAUUUUUAUCAGUUUACUUUUAACUUUGCUAAAAACCCUGGACAAAAAGGUCUAGAUCUAGAAAUGGCAAUUGCAUAUUGGAAUUUAGUCUUGUCAGGAAGGUUUAAAUUUCUAGAUCUUUGGAAUAAAUUUUUGUUGGAACAUCAUAAAAGAUCGAUUCCAAAAGAUACUUGGAAUCUUUUGUUAGACUUUGGAAAUAUGAUUGCAGAUGAUAUGUCCAACUAUGAUGAAGAAGGAGCGUGGCCUGUUCUUAUAGAUGAUUUUGUGGAAUAUGCACGACCAGUAGUCACAGGAGGAAAACGUAAAACUUCCUAACCUCAGACUUGUCAAUGUGGACUAAACACGUGCUCUGACAUCAAGGAAGAAGUGUUGACUGAUAACUGCGCACAUACAUGGUUUCAGUGGUCGUAAUGAGAUGUUACGGACAAAACUGAAAUUCUUCCUUUCUGGCUAAAGAAAAUGAUUGGUUGCUUCUGGACACUUUAAGAACAAACUCAGAAGAUAGUCCAGGCUGUUUGUAGGCUGUUGGCUUCAAUUAUUGUACUGGUUGUAUCAUAUAGGAUGUAGAUUUUUGCAUGAUUUUAUACUUUGGAGAAGUUUAACUACAGGCCAUUUUAUUAAAGUUUUGACAGCACGGCAUGCCAUUCAGUUCCUGAUCCAGAGUGAACACCAGCAGCUACAUAAAUAAAACUGUAUUAUAUUGUACUUAUAUUAAAAGCAGUAUUUGUGAUAUAUAAAUUAAAUCCCUAAAUAAAACUUAUGCAGUAUGUUGUAUUUUUAUAAAAGUUAGGUCCAUGGAUCUGUCCUAAUAUGAAUUGUAACAAAACAAAAAAACAUGCUUUUUUUACUUGUUGCCAAAAUUUUUCAAUUUCUAUUUUUAAGUCCUAGAUGUAUAGAUUGGUUACAUCCAGCCUUUUGUUUUCUCCCAGUAACAUUAACUUCUUCAUUGGUCUAUUCUCGAAGCGCUUGGACAUGUAACAGUAGCAUUGCUGAGGAAGGACUGCUGUCCUGUGCUGUGUUGCAACUCUAGCUUUUCUAUUAACCAUUUUAAAGUACACAUUAAACAACCAAAGAUGCUUUUACAGUUUCAUGUUUGACUAUCGUAAUUCAGUUAAUCUUCAGUUAUGUGGGUUUUUUUACUUUAAAUAAAGAACUGGUAGAAUAUAACUUUUAAUUUUAUUUGUAGCCUGAAACAUAUCAUAAAUUCUAGCUAAAUACAGCAUAGUUAUUAAUGCAAUUCCUGUCAUGUGUCACAGAAAAUAAAUGUGAAUAAGGCCAAAGCCUUAACUGAUUGGCUUCCAUUUUUGAGAAAUAGUUGGAGGUAAGGAGACUUUCCGUUAAUGGUGAGAAGCAUUCACGCCUGUGGAUGUAUUGUGUAUUCAGUAAUGUUCAUUUAAGGGGAAAACAAAAGACUGAAUUAGUGCAGUGUAAUUGAUCUCAAGGCUAGUGGAAUUGAACCAGUUUUCACUAAAUCUGAAUUUCUGUAGUCAUUUGAUUCUCUCCUUUCACCAGGUAUCGAUUAUAAAGUGUACAGAGGUCAGUCUCCUCUUUCUCAACUGUGUCUUCCAGUGCCUAAGCACGAAGAAGUUUUACUAGAAACUAUUCAAUGCAUCUUCACAUAGGGCUCUUAAAUGCUACCUCAUCAAAAUGAGUUUGUCAUAGCCACUGUAAAAGUUUGUUAAAACAAAGAGUUACUAAAGAGUAUGUACAGCUAUGAUUAAUAUAUUAAUAUAUUUUCUGUAAUCAGAGCUGAAUAGAUGCCACCAUUUUGGAGAAAAUAGCGCAUUAAGUUACAUUAUUUAUAUCUGGAUCACAUCAAAUCAUAGAAGUAUUGCAUGACAGCAUACUAUUCUAUUUUGUAGUUUUGAGAGUAUAAAAGCUUAGAAUAUUCUCUUAAACUCUAAUAUUUAGAGUUUUGUAUAAGCGGUCAGCUUUUAUUUAUGUCAGAGCAGCCUACAAGAACAAAUGUAUGAGCUGUGUACAGAAAGAUUACCUUCAUUCUACUGCUUGAGAGAAUUUCAGUUGUGCAUGAUGUUUAAAAAGCAGGCUUAGGACAGAUUUGAAAAAGACAGCAAUUUUUCUGUUAAUAGGUAUAUAGCCGGCAAGUUACAAAUGCCCCACGAGUGAUUUGUGGUAUAUUAUUAGUCUUUUUCCCCCACAAUCAGCGUUUGUAAGUGUUAGCUCUUGCAUGGCAGCCAGUAGAGGUCAGUGUCUCCGUCUGCAGUUGCCUCUGUUGGGUAGCAUUAGGGAGUAAUUUUAAGCCAAAUUAUUAUUUUCUGGCUACAUCUUUUUAGAAGGGCGUUUGCGUACAUAAAUCCAGGUAUUCUACAUAAGACAACAGAGAUUUAAAAACAGUAUUGUGCUCUUUUUAUUUGAUUUACUUACUCUUCCUCCCCAAAACAAGCCGUUUCUGUAUCUGUCCUAUAGGCUUUGCAGAAUGUGUAACAUCUCAUAAUGUCAAAUGUGUUUAUCGAGCCAAAAGUAAUGGAAUGCUUGUUAUUCACACAAUUGCCACUUAAAAUACAUUGAUAUAAUACUAUUGAUCACAAGUAGUUUAAUCCAUUGGUAUAUGAUGUAACAGAAUAGUUUCAGAGUGCCAGAGUUUGUGAAACAUUUGUUCAUGCUGAGAAUUCCUUCAAAUCAACCUGAUGAACCUCUUACCCUUUAAAAUAAAUAUGACAUAAAAAAUGCAUGUUGGUUGAGGUUUUUUGCCUUCUUGAUUUGAGGAAGAAGGAAGGUGCUUGGCACAGUGUUCAGUUCCUAUAUAUAUAUAUAUAUACACACACACUUAUUCACUUACUCUUAAGACAUUCCUGUGAGGAUCCUUCAUGGAAGAAACCUUCCAAUGGAGGAAGACUGGGCAAAACACUCUCAUGAUAGCAGUUGCCCCUUAUCAGCCAGCUUCGUAGGGGUAGUGUGCGUUUUCUUUGUUCUUCCUGGUCUUCUAAACAUUUGAAGCCACGUAUGCAUUUUAAAUUCCCAUAAGCAAUAGCAUGGAGUAGCACCUUCACACACACAUGAUCAUAAAAAUAAAUGCAAAUAAACUGCUUUAAAAUGAUGGCGUCCUUAUAUAUUUUAUUAAUCUGCUACUGUCCACUGUUCCACUUUACUGGGCUCUCUGACUCGCUUUUUUAGGUAAGCUGGUACAGUGGUAACACUGAGGCAGAUCAAUUUAUAAUCAUAAAUGGUACAGAUGUCUUCAAGUUAUUCAGUGCAUACAGUAUCAGUUCCUAGAUAUGCUGUAUGUAUUUUUAAACUUGGUGCCAAGUUGUUUGGUUUUACAUCCUUGAGUAUUUGAAACUGAGCCAUAGGAUUUGUACUUGCCAGUUCUAAAUUUAAAUCUAAUUUAUUAUCUUUGUCAUGCCAAGGAGAGCAAACCUGCAGGCACCUGCUCACUCGACGCACCUGAGAGAUUUGCUGCUGAGUAAGCUGUAUGUGUGUAACUUUUGUGGCAAUGGAAAAAGGAAUAAGUGUACUGUCAACAUAAAGGCUUGAAGUUGGUCAUGUGAGAUGUCUGUAUGGUUUUCAUCAGUUUUCUUCUUUGGAAGCCUUGUAAAAUCUGGUGGAUUUGUUGUUUUCUGGUCACUUUAUUAGAUUCUUGCAGUAUUAUUCCAUCAGUAAGAAGAGAAUGAGGUUGUAACUCAUGAAUUUUUAGCAGUUAUAAUAAAUGUUUAUUUUAUUCAUCUGUGCCACCUUUAGGUUUUUAAGAAGCUUCUUGUAUUUAGUUGCAGUGCUGCAUCCACCGCAUAUACUUGUUAGUAGCCAAACUCCCUGCAAUUUGCGUCAUUAGUUUGUACUGGCAAUGAGAGGUGUAAUUGCGAGGAGAGACUUGGCUCAGUCCUAGGCUCUGAGCUCUGUAGAAGCACCAUGCUCAGAAGUCUUAGAAAAGACCUUCAGAAGUAUGUAUUCAACUGUCCUUAAUUCUCUUCUGAAAGGUUAAACUGAAGUAAAUAGGUCUGCUCUGUACUCACCCAGCUGGCAGCCCUCUGUGAUACUACACUCAGCCCGGCUGGUGGUUGAAGUGGUUCCCAUCCCUAGCAAACACAAGAGCACCUGGGUACCCUCGUGCAUGAGUAGGAACAGCUGUGGAACUAUUUGUCCCUGUCCUGUAAGAAGAUUAUUUCACCAGCCACUGGUUCCGUCUUCCUUCUCUUGGAGCGGUGAAACUGCUCAUGCUGAUACUUGAACUGUGGCAAGCUCUUUACAUUCCAAGUGUCAGCACCAGCACCUUCCCUCAGCUGAUGCCAACGAGCACCUGGCACACCGAAAGGCACAAACCUUCUGAGAGGGAAAAGUGUAAAAUUUUGCAACCAUGAGAAAUUUCAAAGAAAUAUUCAACGAAACAUGUUUUCUGACCUUUGUAUUAUACACAGCGUGCUGGGAAGAAUGAGAUGAGGAUGACUCAUCUCUAAAAUGGGCUUUUUUGGUUAUAAACCAAGAGUUAUAAACUGUUGACAGAGGGAUCAGCAUAUGCACCUACCUCUACAACCACAUACAGGCAAUUCUGUAUUUCAGACAAGUGGGUACGAUCUUCACCUCUUGAAGAGAAAGGCCUGUGGAAGCUUAAGGACAUUCAAAUUUUGAUUGAGUAGAAUUACGAGGAUACUUCCUCCUGUUGGUGCAUAUACUUGACAAAUUCUGAUGUAUUUCCCAUGCCUCUUUUAAACACAGUGAAACACUCUAUUUGUUGUUAGGCAAACUCCUUUAGGCUUCAUGUCAUGACAAAGGCUUUCUGUCAAGGGGAUAAAGAAGAAAGAAGUCCAUGCUAUUGUGUCACAGGAAUAUUUCUCCUUUAAGACAGUGGUGUAAAUGAAAAUUAUUCAUCCCUACUAUUAAAGAUCUGAGUAAAACCAGUUGAUUUUUCUCCUGGACCUCAAUGAAUGUGUUCUGUAAUUAGUAUUGUUCCUACAGGAAUGAUCCUGUUGCCAAAGUGAAACCCUUCAUUUCAGCAUUUGUAAAGAUGGAGCUCUGGAGUCUAGUGCACAUGUGACAUCAAUCCUACUUUUCCAGGACAUGGCUCUGCAUCCUUUGGAUGAGUGAAUUUGGAAUCAAGAGCGUUUCUCUGCUGAGUGUCUUUGAAUGGUGAAGUACUUGGGGUGUAGUCUUACACUUUAACCUUAAAAUGCUGACAGGCUUGUCAUGACAGAGCAAUCUCAGCCCAUGCUCCAUUUGCCGGUUCUCAUAUUCAUAAAAGACAACACUGCCCGUGAAGCCCAAGAGUCCUUUUCUGGGUGGUGAAGGUCAGUGCUUCACAUCCCUUCAGAUGGAGGAAGCAGGUGGGGCUUCUGAAAGGAUGCUGAAGGUGUGCUUUCAUGUUCUCACAUAGGGUUUCAAAUGCAAUUGAUCUGAAACAGCAUGUUGCUGCCAACAUGACAAAGUCUUUUCUCUGUCCUGCCUUUCCAUUCCCUUUUUUCUGGUUUCUCCCCAUCUGAAAGCAGUUGUAUGUACACUGAUGAGAGGACACCAAAGCUCCAUUUUUAUAUGUGUUA